CGGAGAACACGUGAUCAUUUACGCGGGCCCAGUGCCGCUGUGACAGGCGCCUCAGUAAAUUCUGGAGACAGAGACAGAAAAGCGGGUACCGGAGAAAAACGGAGUCAGUUUGGAGUAGGAGGUUUUAUGAACACCUGGCGAAGGCCGCUAGACCCGAAUUAGAGACUCUCGGACCUGCGUUUGUAGCAAACGUGAUAACAACUGCGGGUCUCCGGCAGUGACAGGUCCCGGAUAUUAAUGGAGAAUAAUUUGCAGACCGGGAUCUCAAAAUAAGUCCUGACAGUCAGAGGAAUCAUCAGGAUCUGAAUAUCAUUGGCAUUUAAUUGUGAAAGGAUAAAGGGUGAUCUGCAAUUAGAGACUUCAAAUGAAACCACACCCAGAUCUGACAGUCACUGUUUAUCACAACCUAAUCAUCUCAGAAUUUUGAACAUUGAAGGAAGAAGCAUAUAUCUUCUGUACGUGGGAGAGUCUGUGAAAUUCACCUGAAAUGUCCAAACGCCAGCGCAGACACACUGGGGAGAGAAUGUGGAAAUGUGUGGAUUGUGGGAAGGGAUUUUUUUACCCAUCCCAGCUGGAAAAUCACCAACGCAGUCACACUGGGGACAGACCAUUCAUCUGCUCUGAUUGUGGGAUGGGAUUUACUCAGUCAUCCAGCCUGCUGAGACACCAACGACUUCACACUGGGGAGAGACCAUUCACCUGCUCCAGUUGUGGACAGGGAUUCACUUCGUCAUCCAGCCUGCGGAUACACCAAUGUGUUCACACUGGGGAGAGACCAUUCACCUGCUCAGUGUGUGGGAAGGGAUUCACUCAGUCAUCUAAACUGUUGGAACACCAGGGAAUUCACGCUGAAGAGAAACCAUUCAUCUGCUCCAAUUGUGGGAAGGCAUUCACUUCAUCAUCUAGCCUACGGAUACACCAACGCGUUCACACUGGGGAGAGACGAUUCACCUGCUCAGUGUGUGGGACAGGAUUCACUCAGUCAUCUAGACUGCUGGAACACCAGGGAAUUCACACUGGAGAGAGACCAUUCACCUGUUCUGAAUGUGGGAAAGGAUUCACACACUCUUGUAGAUUGCUGGAGCACCAGCGAGUUCAUACCAAAGAGAAACCAUUCACCUGCUCCGAUUGUGGGAAGGGAUUUGCCAAAUUAUACAACCUGCUGAGACACCAGCAAGUUCAAACUGGGGAGAAACCAUUCACCUGCUCUGAUUGUGGGAAGGGAUUUACCAAAUUAUACAACCUGCUGAGACACCAGCGGAUUCACACUGGGGAGAAAGCAUUCACCUGCUCUGAAUGUGGAAAAGGAUUCAAUUUGUCAUCCAACCUGCUGAAACACCAGCAAGUUCACACUGGGGAGAUACCAUACACCUGCUCUGAAUGUGGAAAAGGAUUCAUUCACUCAAGCAGACUGCUGGAGCACCAGCGAGUUCAUACCAGGGAGAAACCAUUCACCUGCUUUGAUUGUGGGAAGGGAUUUACCAAAUUGUACAAUCUGCGGAGACACCAGCGAGUUCACAUUGGGGAGAAAGAUUCACUCAGUCAACUUACAUGCUGAUACAACAGCCUGUUCAUUCCAUGGAGAGACCUUUCACUUGUUCGGUAUGUGGGAAGGGAUUUACUCUGUCAUCGAAGCUGUUAACACAUCAGUAAAAUGACACUGGGUGGAUCCCGUUCACCUGUUGUGUUUGUGGAAAAGGCUUUGCUGUUUGCUAAUACACCAGCAACUUCAUAAAGAACCACAGGUGGAGGGUUUUGUUUUUACUCCCACCAAGGAAGGAGCCUUGGUCAUUUUGCCAUUUGUAUUGACGUUAUUAAACCCUGGUCCAUGACAGGGGCUGAUAUUGUAGAUAAAAUGGUGAUACAAUUGUGUAUCAGAAGAAUAGGUUGUGGAAAUGAUCACAAUAUUGCUGUACAUCACACUUACACUGGGUAAAGACUGUCCACCUGUCCACCAAAAAAUAUAAAUCAGCUUUUUGUUAAAA